CCCACUCUUCAUUGCCUUGAUAUUUGCUCAGACUUGGUGGUGGACCUGCGGUGGACGUCCAUUGGGGAUGGCCCUUACGUUGCAUGGUUGAAGCAGUGUGGUGUUGUGAGGACCCACUGCGGUGUGAUGAGAGAUCCUCCGUGAGAGAUGAUUCCUGUACCCACCUCCCACGGACCCGUGCAGAGCAUCUGUGCCACACAUUUUUAUAACCAUCAGCCAUGGGCCGGAGCCCGCAGGUGCUGCAAGCAGAAACACGUCAGCUUUUGCAUCGGAACCGCCGUCCCUCCCCACAGGGCACCGCCGGGCCACUCACUCGCAGCCGCCGGAGAAGCCGUGCCCGGGCCGGCAGGCGCCCAGCAGCACCACGAGAGGCGGCAGCAGCACCACCGCUCCCGAAGGCGCGCAGCAGCCCAUCGCGCCCGGCUUCGUCGCCGCCGGCGCUGCUGUCACAGAACCGUUGGUUCCGAGAUGCUGACAUUGGUGGUGGUGAAUCGACCUAUUCAGACAUUAGUCUGAAUCCAGGUCUUAUGCCUUGGGAUCAACCCAGAGGCCCUCAAGGACAACCGGCAGAGUGGAAUCCUGUCCCUGAGCCUGGGCUGGACGCCAGAGAUGUGGAUGGCGGAGAAUGGGAUCCAGCUUCCCAGCUGGGUUCCAGGCCAGAAGGUCCGGCGGAUCUCAUGGACGUGGCUCCGCAGAGGGCGUUGCCAGAUCCUCGACUGGCGUCCCGCUGGCAUCCCAGAGGUCCUGAGACAUGGAAUGAGGAACUGAAGACAGGAAAAUAUUCCCCUGUCCUCAAGGAAAUGAAGGAGGAUUUGGAGAAGGCAGUCCCUGGUGUGACUGGAAGUGAAGGUCAUCCAGCUUCCCCGCCGAGUUCCAGGACUGAAGCUCUGUCAGAUCACACGGGUCCGGAAAGAGGAAAGGGUGCAUCGAGAGGAGGGUAUUACGCCUGGUGGUCAUCCCGUGUCCAAAGGAAACCCGUGAUGAAAAUAGGGGAGGCAGUGCAUGGCGGAACUAAAGGGACUGACCAAGAGACUGUGCAGAAGAAGCCGUUGCAGGAAGGCAGCAGUGACACGCAGCCAGUCUCUGACCAAAAUGCUCAGGCAGAACAAGCAGCUGCUUUGCCAGGGGUGGACGUAGGGAAAAUCACAAAGGCUGCUGUUGGCAAGGAGCUGCAAAAACGCCACAUCCCAGUGGUUGCUGUGGUCUCAGCUGCGCUGCUGUCCGUGCUGACCCUGGCCUGCAUUCCUAUGCUAUGGAUGUGGAAAAAAUACCUGGCGCGCAAGAGAGAACGGGCAGCUGCAGGACAAGCUCCUCCUGACACCGACUGCGAGAGAGAUCAGAACGCAGGCAAAUGCCGAGCGGAGCUGGGAGAGGAUGAAGAGGAGGAUGUAAUCUAUGAAAGAAACAACUUCAUCCCAUUCUCCUGGUCCUCCGAAGCAGAAUUUGCCGAGCUGUGCAGUGGAAUCAGCACAGACCCCUCCCUUCAGCUCGCAUGGCCCAGCAGCUCUCCCGCUGACAACAUCUCUUCCGUUCAUACCUGCAGUCCUUAGGACUCCCCUGAGCCAUCCAGUGCCCCUGUUACCGGUGCUGAGGGCUCAGGUUCAUUUCCAUCAAGUUCCAUCUUUAUGAUCAAUAAAAACAUCCUAUUCCAAA